AUGGAAUUCAUGAACACUCUAAAUCUCGCCGAGCUGCUGGCAGACAUCAACCUUACCAGCGUCGUCCAGUUCUUCUAUUUCAACGCUAUUCUCAUUACAAUAACGCUGAAUGUCUUCCCGCCGUUCGCCAGAAAGCUCUAUACAUACGGAAAGAACGCCUCUGAUACCAAGCCUACCAAGGCCGCUACCAAAGAUGUGGACAAGAAACCCAGGACCACUACGGAGCCGAAGUCGCCGCUGGACGUUCUCUUGGAUCUAGUGGGGAAACUACAGGUCCCUCACUCUUGGUUUAUGCAUUUCUACGCCUUCUCCUUCGCCGUCCAACUCUUCUGGCUGCUUCAAGUAAUCUUUCAUGGUCGAAUCCUACAAUUGGUCUUAGACAACCUCCCAGGAAACCAACCACCAAAGGAUGCUGUCGUGGAGCCUCAAAUCGUCCCGGGUCCAGACGGCUCACAGAGCCUAGAAACAAUCCUACUAUGCAUAAUUUGCAUGACAAUGCAAAGCGCCCGGCGCCUCUGGGAGUCCAUAUAUAUUCAAAAGUCGGGUAACUCCAAAAUGGGUAUCCUGAUCUACAUCGCCGGGAUUACCCACUACACAAUGAUGGGAUUUGCAACUUGGUGUGAAGGUAUCGAAACCCUUCGACUAAACACCAAUAUUCCUAUAUCCCACCCUUCCGACCUCUUAAAACCGCCCAGGAUAAACACGCUUUUGGCGAUUCCGUUCUUCUUUCUUGGGUCGGGCCUCCAGCACGAUGCACAUGUCCAUCUGGCGUCUUUGUCGGACGGAGAAGAGGUCCCCGCCGUCGAGGUUGCUGACGAAAUUGAAGUCGCCGCCGACACCAGCGCCGGUAAAGGCCAAAUGUCCGUUGAGGACGCCCUCAAGGGAGUUCUCCGCCACGCCCUGAUCCAUGACGGUCUCGCCCGUGGUCUCCGUGAAGCCUCCAAAGCUCUCGACAGACGACAAGCUCACAUGUGCGUCCUGAACGAGAACUGCGACGAGGAUGCCUACAAGAAGUUGGUUGAGGCCCUUUGCGCAGAGCAUAAGAUCCCUCUGAUCAAGGUUGGAGAUGGCAAGAAGCUCGGAGAGUGGGCUGGUCUCUGCACUCUCGACCGUGAAGGCAACCCCCGCAAGGUCGUUAACUGCUCUUGCGUCGUCGUCCGUGACUGGGGUGAAGAGUCCACCGAGCGCAGCAUCCUCCUCGACUACUUCCAAACCCGUUAA